GCCUUUUGCGCUGUCUUCCCAUUUUUAACCCAUUUUUAAAAAGAAAAGGUGAUGUUGAUUUCAAGGUUCAAGUAUGUAGAUUACCUACCUAGGGUAUCUAUCCGAUACUAUCUCUGCUUAUGUAGGUAGGUGCAUACUGGACUUCAGGUACAUACCGAUAACAUUUUAGGGUUUUCAUACGCAUAUGUACCUACAUUAGUAUGAAGUAUAUAUUGGUGUAUGUAGGGGGACAGGCUCCAACAGUCAACGGUCUGAAUGUACCUGCUAUCAAUGUAGGUAGGUAGGUAGGUACCAAUCAACUGUUCAUCAACUUACACACUUUUCCAUGCCACAUCAAGAAAUGCUACCCUGUCUUGUCUCCCACCCAUCCGACUAGCCAACCAACCAUCUUCCAUACGAGACAAGCUCUAAGAGUCCCGUCCAGUCCAGCCCAGCCCAUAACAUGAUAUAGAAAGCCUUGCAGUUCCCAUCUCCCCAUCCUGCUCAAACAAACUUCCACCUCGAACUCGCCUUAUUCCAGGACCACUCUCUACAUCAACUUUCGCUUGAAAACUGUUUAGGAAACUGUUUAGUUUAGGUUAGGCUAGUACCUACCGUGUACCUACAUAUCAGCAAGCAACACUGCGGCGCAGUCGUACCUCCUUCUCGUAUUGCAUCCAACGGCCUCGGCACACAGACACGUACAACAGUCUAUUUCACGGGCCUUCCACAUCUGAACCGUAUUAAUAACCAUGGGUUGGGAGAACUCGAAUUACCAAGCUCCUGGUUCCAGGACGACCAGGACGAACAGGACGAACAGGACAGAACUUACACCUUUCCAAGUCAGAGAUUCCAACGGCCAAGUUGAACUGCUUUCCGGAUCCCCACCAGAUUAUUACUCGUCGGAACGGCAAAUACCGCCGCCGCCACGAAGAAACAUGACCCAACAACCAAGUGCGCCGUGGUGGAACCCGAGAUACUGGCGGAAGAGAACUUGGGCCAUCGCCGUCACCAUCUUCAUCAUUAUUCUUGUCAUUGUCAUUGUCGUCCCAGUCGAAGUCGUCAAGGCAAACAGAUACCCAGACUACACAGCACUUAAUUACUCCUUAGCAGACGAAUACACCGGAACAACAUUCUUCGAUAACUUCAACUACUUUGAAGGAUAUGACCCUGCAGAAGGCUUCGUUCAUUACGUCCCCCAGGCGCGGGCCACGCAAUUGAACCUCACAUACGCCAGCAGUGACUCGGCAGUUCUACGAGUAGACACCAGCGUAGGCCCCAGCUCGGUGCCGGAUGCUUCGACAGGCCGAUUCUCGGUCCGGGUAGAGUCCAAGACACAGUACGAUAACGGGUUGUUCAUAUUUGAUGUGAAGCACACGCCGUACGGAUGCGGCACGUGGCCGGCACUAUGGCUUGUCGACUCGAACAACUGGCCGACUAAUGGCGAGAUUGAUGUCAUGGAAGCUGUCAACCAGGCCUCCGACGGCAACCAAAUGACCCUCCACACCACCGACAACUGCCAGAUGAACGUCAAGCGCAUCAUGAGUGGGACCAACCUCAAUACUAACUGUUACAACGUCACCAACGACAAUGCCGGUUGUGGCGUCAAGACCGCUGCCGAUACCUACGGCACCGCGUACAAUGACGCCCAGGGCGGUGUCAUGGCCCUCGAGUGGCGGGACGAAGGCAUCCGUGUCUGGCAGUUUGGCCGCAGCAGCAUCCCCAGUGAUAUCUCGGCCCGCAGCCCCGAUCCUAGUACUUGGGGCACAGCUUCGGCGGAUUUCCCUAAUACCAACUGUGACAUCAGUUCACAUUUCAGGAACCAGAGCAUCAUUGUUAACAUUGAUCUAUGUGGUCAGUACGCUGGUGGUGUGUAUGCUGAUAGCGGCUGCCCCAGCAAUUGCACUGACUACGUCGCAAACAACCCCGACGCUUUCACCAACGCGUUCUGGGAAUUCGGAGCCUUUGAGGUGUACAAGGCUUCCUAGGUAACCUUGCCUACCACUACCUACACAGGUAGUUGCAUAUGGUACCUAGGGUACCUAUGUUAUACUUACGCAACUUAAUGGCCGGUACCAUUUGGAGCUGGUGGGCGUAAUGCGUGCAGAACAUACCUACAUACAUACAUUUAUGUGUACAGUACAUAUUGAUACCACUGCUUAUUAAUGUAUUGUGUGUUGCUUUGGCUCACGGGGUAAUCGUCGCGGAUUAAAGUAUUAGGUCAGGCCUGCAAAGGGUCGAAGGGAAUAACGAACGAUGAUUGUAGAAAAAGGGGGCUACGGAAUAAAGGGAUUGGAGUUUAUUAGGUAUGAAUGGAUGUAAUGCUUAUAGGUUUUAAUGAAUGGGCAGUAGGCACAGGACUUCAAGUUAAUGCUAGUUGAUGAGUACCUACAACGAAUGUGUAUGGGGACAGGUAGACUCCCCCCCCCCCUACUUGAGUAGAACGUGGAAUACAUGGUUCUAUC